GAAAGUUCCCAAGGCGUGGUCCCAAUUAGGUAAGGCAGCAAAACUUCACCAUUGCUGGAGAUAUACUUUCCACUGAGGACUAUCAUCUCACGUGUGGGUGUGACAUAGCAGAUGGGAGCAGUUUGUGGAUAGCUUUCUUCAAUCCACAGGCAUAUCGGUUGCCGUGAGAGAUGAGUUGCUGUCAUGGGUCUGUGCCCAAGCAGGUCCGGCCUGGCACAGCUCGAGUCCUAGUGACUGAGCUGAGUGGAUCAGGUCACAUCAACCCAAUUCCUGCCACAAAAUCGUGUGAGGACUCUGAAACAGCAGUGGAGCUUUACCUCUCUCCAGAGAAGCUGGCUUCACAUAAUUUGUCACAUCCAAGUCAUAGGUGUAUGACUAAGAAAUCGUUGUGUGGAACUUGGGACCUCUCUCACGUGAGCUCGCUGGAGAUCUGCAUGGACACACAAGAAAACACACUGGGUAACUUUGGGGCCUACUUUCCCAAGCUGGUGCAGCUCAAAAUGAACAACAGCACGAUUAUGUCAGUAAGAGACCUGGGAACCACCCUCUCCCACCUGCAGGUGCUGUGGAUGUCUCGUUGCUCUCUACAAGACCUAGAUGGCCUUCCGACUUUGUCCUCCCUCAAGGAGUUGUACAUGGCCUAUAACAAUGUGUCAGACCUGAGUCAGGUUGGCAUGCUGGAAAACCUGCAGCUGUUAGAUCUGGAAGGGAAUGAUGUGGAUGACCUAGUCCAGAUUCAGUAUCUAGGGUUGUGUGACAAACUGCGGACGCUCACCCUGGAAGGAAACCCUGUGUGUGUGCACCCAAACCCCGCUGCCUGCCAGACGGCAGACUAUAGUUAUCGGGCUGCAGUAAGGGAGUUGGUCCCUCAGCUGCGUUACCUAGAUGAUUUAAGAGUGGAGGAGGACGGGCUGAGCUGCAACAGCACCAUGGGAGAGGACUGGGCCAUUCUCCGAAACUCUAUCAGAGACCGCAACUCCUCUCGGGCAGCUACUGAAGACGAGGAAACAGUAGACAGUGCAUGUCCUUACAGCAGACCAGGCUCAGCCAGGCGCCCUGCCUCCAGUCUCUCCUGCGUCUGGCCCCUCUCGUCAGCAGGCUCCAGACCCCACACUAGCUCCAGACCCAUGUCAGCGACCAGGCCUGGAGUUCUCUCCCCUCCUGGAUCCAGACCUGGCUCUGCAGACUCAGAUCUAGCUACAGUGGAAGCAGAAACAAGCAUCCUGACGCAUGGAGCUGGCAAGAUCCUGUUCUGUGGAAACCCAGUCCAAGCUAUUCGAGCAAGGCGAGAAAAGUUGAGGACGGCACCCACCAAGUCUACUUUCACCCCCCGCGACCUGCCCAUCCAUGUACCAGAACACACGUACGACCUUGAGGAGCCUGAUGUUAGAGAACGCGUUGAUGUGUUUGCUGAGCUUAGAGCUUGGAGGGAGCAGCACAGCAGGUGUCUCCAGGCCAUAGAGACAGAAAGAUUGCCACAGGUUCUGGCUAUUCGGCAUAGUGAUGAAGAAGAGGGGUAUGAUGAUGAUGAUGAUGAUUAUGAUGAUGAUGAAGAAGAAGAAGGCUUUGGUGUAAGGAAUGACAGUGGUGAUGAUGAACAUGUAGCGGAGAAGCACGGUGACAGCCGAGAUAUUGCCUUACCAGAUUCCUCUUUCCAGUCUCUUUCCCCAGACCUGCAUCACAGAGAAACCGUAUCCCCUGAUGUGGCUCGACUGUCCCUGUCCCCAGACAGCACGCUGUCUCCUUCUCCCCCUCUCAGUGCUACACGAACAACUGGUCAUCGUAAGCAACCAGGGAUUCGCGCACGUAGGCUUCUGCUCAGCCAGACCAACUCAGAACAUUUACCUAACUUCAGCGUAGGGCGCUCCCCCGGGACAGGUUCAGCUACAGGAGACACAGACCUGACACUCCAGAGGGUCCAGCAGUUGACCAGGACAGAUGUGCGCCUGUUGCCCCUGCCUGCACACACACCCCGCCCUCCUCUAACAAGUGCCCUGGCUAAUGGGCUCAUGGAUUCAUGUGCAGAGAUGGACUCAUCCAGUAUACAGUCUGGCAGCAAGCAUCUUCAAACUCCAAAGAUGUCCAAACUCCUGGACAGACCUGCGAUCACUCGUCCUCACACAGCCAGGGCAGCGCUACAGAAACAUCAGCAGCACCACAUACGCCAGCCCUGCAGAGGGAGCUCACACCCUGACUGACACCACAAUGGGCAGAUGUUUGGCUGCCUGGCCAGUGAUCAGUAUUAUUAGUGGAACUGUGCUAUACCCUUAAGAACAGAGUGGUGGCAUGGAGGCCAGGCAUUCCCCUUAUUUGCCCACUCACACCAUGCUUUGAGGUGUAUUGGAAUCACGUGUAUUUUGUAUUUCGCCAUAAGAUAUUCUUUCUCUCUGUUUUCCUUUUUUUUUUAUGAAGAUCUUGAAGAUAUUGAAAGCACAGAAAUGUUGGGAGUCACCAACACACCAACAUCACAGUGCUUUAACUUGAGUAACAUAUUAAUUGAGUAAUUAACAUGAGUAACAUUGUAAUUGUGGAGGACUGAGAUUAUCCAUCUAAUGCUACUGAGUUGCUGGCUCUAUGAUUGCUGUUUUAGCCGCAUGAAAAAUAAAGGGUAUGUGACUAAUACCUCACAUUUGCAUUUCUCAGGUUGAAACAUCAAAUUGAAUACAACUCUACUUUGUAUUUUAAUAACUUUAGAUUCUCUUGAAUUAAAACUGAGCUGUAGGAUAAGGAUCAUUUCAACUAAGGUUUCCUGCAUUGACAGUGACCGUCUUGACAUUCAUGGUGUAAUAGUCACAUUUAGCCACUUGAGGGCACUGUCUGUGAACGUUACUGUAAAUGAAAAACUCAUUCCAUUGUUUUAACC